AUGUCGAAAGAGCUAGAAGGCGUGAAAAAGAAGCGACGUUUUAUGAGAAAGUCGGUGACGGACAGUUUAAAGUUGAUUGAUGAAGCGCUUGCAGAGGAAAAUAGUCAUGCCAGAGUUCAGGUACUGAAAGAUAAUAUUUUAAGUAAAUGGAAUGAUUUAACAGAGGUACAAGCCUCGCUUUCUAUAUAUUUGGAAGACAGUGAAAUUGACAGUGAAUGUGCAGCACACAAUGAGUAUGAAAUGAGAGUUAUGGACUAUAUGGCUAGAAUGACAAAGUAUUUAAGUGUUAAUACACAUGCUGAGAACAGCAAUUGGUCUAACGAGAGUGGGUCAAGUUUGGGGUCCACAUGUAAAGUUCAAGUUAGACUGCCAAAGAUUGAAUUACCAACAUUUGAUGGGGAUAUAUUAUGUUGGCAAUCAUACUAUCAGUCUGUUAAAGUGUCCAUUGUGGAUAAUAGUGCUUUAGCUGAUGUGCAAAAACUAGAGUACAUUAUGCGAUCACUGAAGGGUGUAGCUGCUGAGUCGGUUAAGGGAUUUUCAAUAGUGGCUGAGAAUUAUGAAUCUGUUUUGUCAACUCUGAAGGAAAGAUUUGGUCAUUCAAGGUUGAUCUUGGAUGCGCAUAUGAGGGGUUUGAUCCAUUUACCUGGAUUGAGUGCUGAAGAUGCAACAUCUAUGAGGGUGUUUUAUGAUAAAGUAGUCGGGCAUGUUCGCUCGGUUGAGUCAAUGGGAGAGAAGUAUAGCUCUGAAACCUUGGCACCAGUAUUGGUUCCUUUGAUUGUUGAUAACCUACCAAAAAAACUUGUGGAAAAGUGGGAGCUUGAAAUUUGAGAUAAGAAAGAGGGCUGAUUGCCUAUAAAAACACUCUUUACUUUCUUAGAGCAAGUCAUAAGGGCAAAGGAAUCUAGUACACAAGCCCCUAAUGUAGAAUCCAAAACUCCAAAGAAUAUUUCUUUGAAGGAAGGAUUUCACAAAAAUCCAUCAUUCAGAAGAUCUUCAACAUUAGCGUUGCGUUCGUCUACUCAAACUCAAGAAAAAGAGUGUGUUGUUUGUGGUAAGGAUCACAAUGUGUGGUCUUGCAUUAACUUCCUUUCAUUGACAGUGAAAGAGAGAUUCCGGAAAGUUAGUGCUAAAGGUCUGUGUUUCCUGUGUUUGGAAGGUGGUCAUAGGUCGAACAGCUGUAGUCGAAAGACAUUGUGUAAGCAUUGUAGAGGUUGUCACCAUCACCUUCUCCACACAGACCAGCUGCCCCCAAAUAGAACACAUCCAGACAAGACUGAAGCCGCAGAAGGUCAGUCUGCAAGUCAAGAGGAUGCAUCAAAGAAUGUUUCAAAGAAUGUAACAGCCAAUUCAGUUGGAACUGAUGACAUUGGAGAGGUGAUUCUACAAACAGUCUCGAUAGCUAUGGAGUGCUAUGGAUACCAGUGGAGUGUUAUAGAUAGCUAUGGAGUGUUGUGGAUAGUUAUGGAGUGUUAUAGAGAGCUUUGGAGUGCUAUGGAUACCAGUGGAGUGUUAUAG